AUGGAGAUGAAAGGAUCUGACUCCGAUAUUGCCGUUCACCUUCUGCACUCGAUAUUGGAUGUGGAUGUUUACUGCGAGGUCAAUUCAACCAGCUUAGUCUGGGACAAAAGGAACAAUUUCGUCGAGUACCUUAGGCAUGACAAGUUACCCGAAGACCCGAAGGCAUCCCGGGAAUUACAAACCAAAGCAGCUCGUUACUACCUCAUAGAUGGGCAAUUAUAUAGAAGUUCAUACCAAGGACCAUUGGACCGAUAUCUGGGAGCCUCGGAGGCGGACUACGUGAAGAGAGAAGUCCAUGAAGGAAUUUGUGGGAACCAUUCCGGUGCAGAUUCGUUAGUUCUAAAGUUGGUUAGGGCAGGUCCUUACCAAAAGAUUGAUGAAUGCGAAGUGAUGGACUUCCUAUGGUACUACAUAAUCUGCCGAUUCAGAAUACCAAAGGAAAUUGCUUGUGACAACGGGAAAAGCAUGUACCAUCCAAGUGCUUAUGGGCAAGCGGAAUCAACAAAUACGGUGAUUAUCCAGAACCUUAAAAAGAAGCUAGAAGCUGCUAAAGACAAAUGGCCCGAAGAGCUACCAGGCAUACUAUGGGCAUACCAGACAACGGCGAAAUUGAGCACGGGAGAAACACCUUUCUCUCUCGUAUAUGGAGCGGAAGCUCUGAUACCGGUGGAAGUAGAGGAACCAACUUUAAGGUUUUCCCGAACAAAUGAAGAAGCAAGUAAUGAAGCAUUGCUGGUGAGGUUGGACUUGCUAGACGAACACAGGGACUUGGCGUACGUGAGGAUGGCGGCUUAG